ACCGCCGCUUGAGUCGUGUGAGUCGAGCGAGUCGAGCCGACGUGCAAACUGAUUUCUGGAGACUUCGCAGCGGCUCCGUGAUGAGUUAAAGGGAGCGAGAGAGAGGCGGAAAAAACACUUGAUGAAUUAAGUUCUCACUACGGUCUGUCUCGUCUCGUCCCUGGUUCUCCAGAUGAGAGAGACCUGCCCGACAGCAGCAGAGAGGAGUGAACCUGCCCUGGAGGAAAGCUAACCCACGAAUGGCCUGCCAGUCUGUCGCUGCAGUCAUGGACGAGCAGGCCCUGCUGGGGCUCAACCCGAACGCCGACGCCCGCUACAGGCAGAGGGCCAUGGCAUACUUUGAGCAGCUGAAGGAGUCUCAGGAUGCCUGGGAGGUGUGUGCAGAGGCUCUCGCUAAAGGGAUUUACAAUGACGACCAUGUGAAGUUCUUCUGCUUCCAAGUGCUGGAGCAUCAGAUAAAGUUCAGACAUGCUGGUCUGAGUGCAGUUCAGCAGCAGCUCAUCAGAGAGACUCUGAUGAAGUGGCUCCAGUGUCAGCUGAUGAACGCUCAGCCGGAGAAGCCCUUCAUCAGGAACAAGGCGGCGCAGGUGUUGGCGCUCACCUUCAUCAUGGAGUACCUGACCCUGUGGCCCAAGUUCUUCUUCGACAUCCUGUCCCUGGUGGGUCUGAACCCGCACGGCGUCGACGUCUACCUGAGGACGCUGAUGGCCAUCGACGCCGAGGUGGUGGACAGAGACAUCCUCCACACACCUGAGGAGACUCGUAGAAACACUCUGAUCAAAGACAGCAUGCGGGAGCAGUGCAUCCCCAGCCUGGUGGAGUCCUGGUUCCAGAUCCUGCAGACCUACCAGCAGUCCCACCCAGAGCUCACCUGCCAGUGUCUGGAGGUGGUGGGGGCCUACGUGUCCUGGAUCGACCUCAACCUCAUCGCCAACGACCGGUUUGUGAACCUGCUGCUCAGCCAGAUGUCGGUGGAGGAGCUCAGAGAGGAGGCCUGUGACUGCCUGUUUGAAAUCGUGAAUAAAGGGAUGGACCCCGUGGACAAAACCAAGCUGGUGGAGUCUCUGUGUCAGGUGCUGCAGUCUGCUGGCUUCUUCAACGUGGAGCAGGAGGAGGACGUGGACUUCCUGGCCAAGUUCUCCCGGCUGGUGAACGGGAUGGGUCAGAGUCUGGUGCUGAGCUGGACCAAGCUCGCCAAAGCCGGCAACGUGAAGGACGCCACCGAGACGCUGCAGGCGGUGGAGGCCAAGGUGCCGCUGCUGCUGCAGCUGCUGGUGCACGAGGACGACGACAUCUCGGCCAACAUCGUCGGCUUCUGCUACGAGUACCUGCACGUCCUCAAACAGCUUCCUCAGCUGACGGACCAGCAGAAGACCAACAUCGAGGCCGUCAUGCUCGCCGUCAUGAAGAAACUGACGUACGACGACGAGUACAACUUUGAGAACGAGGGCGAGGACGAGGCCAUGUUCGUGGAGUACAGGAAGCAGCUGAAGAUGCUGCUGGAUCGUCUGGCGCAGGUUUCUCCUGAGCUGCUGCUGGAGGCCGUUCGCCGAGUCUUCACCAACACCAUGCAGAACUGGCAGACGGCUCCGUUCAUGGAGGUGGAGGUGGCCAUCAGGCUGCUGUACAUGCUGGGCGAGGCUCUGCCGGCGUCUCACGGCGCCCACUUCUCCGGAGACACGGCGAAGACGAGCGCUCUGCAGGACAUGAUGCGGACGCUGGUGUCGUGCGGCGUCAGCAGCUACCAGCACUCCUCCGUGUCCCUGGAGUUCUUCGAGACCGUCGUCCGAUACGACAAGUUCUUCAUCGUGGAGCCUCAACACAUUCCUAAUGUUUUGAUGGCGUUCCUGGACCAAAGAGGACUGAGACACAACAGCCCGAAGGUCCGCAGCAGAGUGGCCUACCUCUUCUCCAGAUUCAUCAAAACUCUGCAUAAACACAUGAAUACCUUCAUCGAGGACAUCCUGACCAGGAUCCAGGACCUGCUGGAACUGGCUCCUCCUGAGAACGGUUUCCUGGCGCUGCUGACCAGCGACGACCAGCUGUUCAUGUUUGAGACGGCGGGCGUCCUGAUCGUGAACGGGGAGUGUCCAGUGGAGAGGAAGCAGGCGCUGAUGAGGAGUCUGCUGACGCCGCUGAUGGACGCCUUCCGCCUGCUGCUCGCCAAACUGUCGCAGGAGACGGAGGAGGAGAGACAGACGGCGCUCGCCGACUGUCUGAGCCACGCCGUCGGGUUCGCCAGUCGGACCAGUAAGGCGUUCAGCAACAAGCAGACGGUGAAGCAGUGCGGCUGCACCGAGGUGUACAGGGACUGUCUGCACACCUUCCUGCCCGCGCUCAGCUGCCCCGUCCAGCGGGGGGUGCUGCGCAGCUCGGUGCGCUCCUUCCUGCACCGCAUGAUCAUCUGCCUGGAGGAGGAGGUGCUGCCCUUCAUCCCCGCCGCCUCCGAGCACAUGCUGAAGGACUGCGAGGCCAAAGACCUGCAGGAGUUCAUCCCGCUCAUCAGCCAGAUCACCGCCAAGUUCAAGCGGCAGGUGUCCCCCUUCCUGCAGCAGGUCUUCAUGCCGCUGGUCCUCGCCAUCUUCGAGGUGCUGGCGCGGCCGGCGGAGGACAACGACCAGGCGGCGGCUCUGGAGAAACAGAUGCUGAGGAGGAGCUACUUCAGCUUCAUCCAGACGGUCACAGGGAGCGGGAUGAACGAGGUGAUGGCCAACCAGGGAGCUGAAAACAUCGAGCGCGUGGUGUUCACCAUCAUCCAGGGAGCCGUGGACUUCCCCGACCCCAUCGCUCAGAAGACCUGCUUCAUCAUCCUGUCCAAGCUGGUGGAGCUGUGGGGAGGGAAAGACGGCAUGGUCGGCUUCCCCGACUUCAUCUACAAACACAUCGUCCCUGCGUGUUUCCUGGCUCCUCUCAAGCCGACCUUUGACCUCUCAGACGCUCAGACAGUCCUGACGCUGUCGGAGUGCGCCGUCACACUGAAAAUGAUUCAUCUCAAACGGGGGCCGGAGUUCAUCCAGUUCUUACAGCAGGAGUACCUGCCCUCACUACAGGUGUCACCUGAAAUCUCACAGGAGCUGUGUCAAGUGCUUCAGCAGCCUGACAUCAAAGUGCUGAAAAACUACAUUAAGGCGUUCUUCCAGCGAGCGAAGCUGUAGGAAAUGAAAGUGGAAGUUCUCUGGGACUGGAAGGACUCUUCACAGGAAGUGGUCGAUCUCGCCACUUCACAACAACAAAACAAAAGGACCUUAGCAUAGGAGCUGCUUUUGCACUUAAAAAGUAAAUGCGUAACAAAGCCCAGUCUGUCGAAGUCAGGACAGUGGACAGAAGGUCGGUCGGUGGACGGACCCCUCCCCCUCC